GGUUACCUUAUCCUAUCAAAGAAUGAGUGGCAUUGGCUUUAAUGAUAUUUUUGAAAGAUAUUUGAUCAGAUUCCAUCGUUUGGAAGAUUAGCACAUUUGUCUCUAUACGAGUUUGGCUCGCCAAAAUUGCGAGUGUAGGCGGAGUCUUAAAAAAUGGAACUCCCGCUUAUUCCAGGAAAGAAUCACGGAUAUAUAAAAAGCGAACCUCUUCUAUCCAGAAAGGGAGAACACUCACCAAAUUCAAACACAAACACCAUGGACGAUGUUGAUCGGUUGUUCGAAUGCUUCAAGUGCGGCAUCUCUCCUCCUCAAUCUGCAGUGAAAGAGAGAAAAAGAAGCAAGGGCAAAUUGAGGCAAGACAGUUCCAGGAAUGAGGCUUGUACAACUUCUCCAGGAUCAGCAAGUCCAGUGCAUAAAAUUGCAACAGAAGCACAGCUCUCUACGGAGAAACCUGGUUCCGCAGUGGUUAAAGCAGACAGCCUUAGCUAUGGCAAGAAAAUUUCUCCAGUCAUAUUUUAUGGAUCUCCACAUGGUGUGCCUCCAAAAAGACCAGUCAGUUUGUUACGUUUGUUGCGUGAAAUACGUGUUGAUCUUGCAGAACGAAAUAAAUCGGACUUAAGAACUUGUUUGCUUAGGGAGGAAGUAUGGGCUACAUUUCCUAGGCAGGAUGAAGCGAUGAAGUUUUUAAUGGGGCAUAGAGAUGUGCAUAUUUUCUCUUAUCAAGAUCACUUUAAGGGACAACGUAGGUUUCUUGUUUCCACAUACAAGGGGUUCUGGAGCAGGUACAGAAAUAUGGAUUCUAAAAUUCGCCACCAUUAUGAAGUCAUUCAGGAGGGUUUGCCAUGCCAUCUGUACUUUGAUCUGGAGUUCAGUAGGAAGUACAAUUCAGGAAAAAAUGGGGAUGAAAUGGUUGAUCUCUUGAUUUCAGUUGUCCAAGAAACCUUAUUUGAGAAAUAUUUUUUACAAGGAAGUGAAGAAUGGAUAAUAGAACUUGAUUCCUCAACAGAAGAAAAGUUCUCUCGCCAUUUAAUUAUUCGAAUUCCAAGGACUGCUUUCAAGGACAACUUGCAUGCAGGUGCAUUUGUUGCGGAGAUAUGCUCGCGGAUUACUAGGGCAAGGGAGACCGAUAACAAAUUUGAACAAUUGUUUAUAAAAAAAGAUUCAGUUUCUGUUGAAUCCCCAAUGCAACUUUUUGUGGAUACUGCUGUGUAUUCAAGAAAUCGUUGCUUUCGCUUAGCUCUAUCAUCGAAGGCAGGGAAAAAUUCUUUCCUUUUACCUAGUGGACGAUUCAAAUGCAAGGAUUUGAGGGAAGAGGAGAUGUUUAUGGCGUCAUUGAUUUGUAAUAUAGAUCUGGAUUGUGAGAAACUUCUUGUUUGCAAAAUGGAGUUAGACUGCAUAAAGACUCUGCACUAUGAUACAGAGGAAAACCAUAACUUCAAGAAAGAAUAUUAUGGUGCCCCUCAGGUGUUGAGUGCUUGCUCUGGUGAUGUUUCAGCAACUUAUUUCUUGGGAAAGUCGCUAUUCCCUUCUUUGGAUAAUUUUAUAGAGUCGGUUGCCUCAAUUGGAAACAUUUCAGGAAAAAUUCGCAGCUGGUAUUGGUUUUCAGAAUAUGGACUCAUGGUCUACAGUAUGUCAAGAAAUCGAUAUUGCGAGAGAAUUGGCAGACAACAUAAAAGCAAUCAUGUGAUGUACAUUGUUGACCUCAGAAGGGCUGUUUACUACCAGAAAUGUUAUGAUCCUGACUGCAGAGGUUACAGAUCCCCCUUGCGUCCUAUCCCAAUGGAUGUGUCUCCCAGUACUCUGUGUAUCUCUGGUUCACUUUACAAUGAUGAAAACACUAUCGAUGGUUGUGCCAAAGAUUCCUGGUGGCUUGAGGCUGUAAAAGUAGCGGAUAAUAUUGAAAGUAAUCAAAGAUCGUUGGGUCUCGGCAGAAGGGAGGGUAUUGAUGAAGAUGAUGAGGAUUGGUGGAUGGCUGCGGAAAGUACUGCAUCCCAGGUUGAAUUGAUGCAGUGCAACUAAAUUAAAUAUUUGGGAUUCUGUCUGCAGGGGUACAAUGCCAAAGUAGACAAUUGGGCAAUGCCCUUCACUUAUACUAAGUAAAGCUCGUUCCGCCCACCCUUAGUAAGCUCCUUCCUUCUUCUUCUUUCUCCUAUCCCUGUGGGAAAGCUUGAUAGUCUGACUUUACCGGUGGUCGAGCCAUCAAGUCCUAUCCCUUGGUGAGUAUCUUUAACGGCAGUUCUGAAUUCUCAUGAAUGAAGAAGUGGCAACAGCGACUUUGAAAAACUUCAAAUGGGAUGAGUAAGUGGAUUUCCCCCUGUUCAAGUUCCUCGCUAUGUACACAUUCUGGACUACAGAAUUCAUAAGCGCUGACCACUGCUAUUCUUGUGGAUUCACUUGGGGCGAAGUCCCUUAAUGUGGAGGUUAUAUGAUGUGGCUGUGUAAAUAAUGUUUUUUUAUAUGAUUUAAGUAGCUGCCCCUGUCCCUUCUCGUUUAUGGAGGGUUUGUUCUUGGAUUACCAUUGGACAUUUGAUUGAUUGCAUUUGCUAAGUUGUUUUUCUAACCAAGUAUGUGCUCGCUAAAUUUAGGAAUGAGAUCGGAUAGAUGCAGGUUCAACUGUUCAAGGAAAGCAUCAUGUUUUGGCCAAAACAGGUACUCAUCCCUUCUUAAAACUACAUAUUAAAUCGUCAAAAUUAAACAAACAAUAUAAUGUAAUUUUUAUAAGUAGUGAUCAAUGUCUCUAAUAAUCUUAAGUAGUGUUGUCAUCCCAUACCAAGCUAAGCUAUGUAAAAAAAAUGUGAACUAUUUCCAUGCAUAAGGUUUCUUGAGUUGGUGGGAUUGAGAACAUGUAGUAUGUAUAUAGACUUAUCCUACAUAAUAUUUGGAGGGUGAUAGUCUGA